AUGAAUGUCCUGGAAAAACUAGGCCAGGCAUUGACUAAGCAUGUUCUUAAGUCACCUAGUUUGCAGCACGAGGAAAUCUUGCUAAGCUCAUUUGAAAAAGCAAGACCAUUGAGCGUUGACAAGAGCAAGAGAAUUGGGUCUUCAAAAGCUCCCGUAAAUGAGUGUGUCAAGAGCAAUCUUUCCUUGGUGGGAAGGGGCUCCAGUUUUCAAAAGAAAGUUGUUAAAGAAUACCUAUCACCGCUGCGAUCUCAUCCAUUCACUCGACAUGAAAUAACUGACGAUUAUGAAGUUGAUAAAGCAACUCGUAUGAGCAACUGGGGGAAGCAUGUAAAAGGAGCGAAAAAUUCGCAGGAAAUAAUAAUAAGUAGCUCAUAUCAGUUUAUCGGUGAUAUGCUUGCCGCUUUAGUUGCUUGCACUCCAAGAUCAAUUCAAGUAGUAUCUGAGGAUAUUUUACGAAUAUUUCCGAAAUAUACAAUUGAAAAUGUCCCCAAAAUCCCAAGCUUUCAAAACGACUCGCACCUUUUCCAGGAUUACAUCGGGAUGUUGACACAUACAAAUUUUUUAUUCAAGAAUUCCUCACGAUUGAACGGUAUCAUUCCCAAACUUUUACGAAAUCUCAUGCAUCCGGGCAAUGUCAAAACAAUGAAUUUAAGAGCAACUCAAAAUUAUAAUGAUCUCAUAUAUUUUUACAGUGAAAAAUUUGACUUUGCGAGUUGUCGUGAAACUUUUGUACAGAUGAAAAUAGAGGGCAUAUCUUCAAACACCACUACAUACAACUUGAUGUUACGAAGUAUUUUAAAAAACUCCCACAUAAGGAAAACAAAGCCGCCUGAUGAUGAGAUACUAUUUUAUCUUCGGCGCAUGAAAGCUGAAAACAUAAAGGCAGAUACUGUAACAUGGACAACAUGCUAUAAUUUUCUCAACGAAGAUAUUUCAAGACUGAUUUUUGUGGAACAAAUGGAACUUAGAUCCAUACCGAUAACUCAACGUUUUAUUUAUACAGUGUUAAAAAAUGGAUCUUAUGGAUCGAAGGACUACCUUAAAUUCCUAAGUGACCAUCGUAUUCCCUUGGACCAAAAGCUUUUCAAUCUAUGUAUUGAUAAUCUUUUGAGUGAGGAAAGAUCGGACAUUGCAUGGAUUUUCAUGGAGCAUACACUUAGAAAGCGUACAAAAGAUUUUAAACUAGGAGCUGCAACUUUGAAUUCUUUUGUAAGAUAUUUCGCAGACAAGGGCAGACUUGAUAUGGCCCUCAUAACUUUCAACACUUGUGUAACGCAAUAUCAGAUAUAUCCGAAUAUUGAAAGCUUUGAUAUGCUCUUCAAAGCUCUGGCGAAAAAUGGUUAUACUAAAAAGUUUCCCAUCAUUUUCGAGUACUUUAAGCGUCUACGAGCUCGCUGGAGUUGCGGAAAUCGAACGAGCUACUGGACAGUGAGAUGUAAGUCAAUGAUUGAGUUCAGCGUAGCGCAAAAGAGGUUGGUAACUGAGCUGGAUCUUGAACGGGCAGAUAGCUUACUGGCUACCAUCAAUUGGGUAACCAUUCCUAAUGGAUUUACGAUGGAAAUUUGGAAAAAUAGUGGGCCCGAAGUAAGAAGAAUUCUGCGAUACCUCUCAUGUAUCCCCAUGCCUUUAAAGCAGAUGAACUUCACAGUGAGUAAAGAUCUAGAAAAAUCAGAGAAAAGAAAACGGUUUCGUGAGAAAAUACGGUUCAUUGCGGUUCAAAACGCAAUGUAUAAAAGAAUUCCAUAUUCAAAGGAUUGGUACGGUUCGUUAAAAAGCGAAUUGGAGGAAAGAAAUGUUAUCGAGAGAGCUAAAGACGCAACGAAAUGA